AUGCCCUCGGUGGAGAGGGAAGAUGCCGAAGGCCAACGAUCAAACGCCGAUCUCAAAAGGUCCCGGGGUGAACAACCAGAUUCACGAUCAGCGUGUUGGACGUCGCCGUUAUGCCCUAAUCAUACAAAACAAGGGACUCCCCCAGAUCCCUCGACGUGUGGAGCCGCCUGCGCGCCAUUUCUUUUUGGUGAGAUUCCCGAGUCGAACGAAGACCCCAUUCUCUUCCGCGAUCCCAACGAACUCACAUCACAAACCAUUCCUCUCCGUGAAGCGACCACCGGCAAAGGCGACGGGUCGGUCAAACGAGAAUCGGGGGAGACACAAUCCCCUGAUAAUCCCGCCUUAGCAACAAAUCCAGACGUUCCCGUUCCAUCCACCCAGGCCACGUCCAAGUCCAAAAAGCGAGUCCCGCAUAAUCAAGUCGAGCGAAAAUACCGAGAAUCAUUAAACACACAGCUCGAAGCCCUGAAAAAUGUCGUUCCAUCUUUGAAUCCGUCUCGCAUCGCCAAUGGCUUGCUUCCUUGCGACGCCGGAGACAUUGAGGAUCUGGCAUCAACCAACAAGCCUAGCAAGGCGGUAAUCCUCGCAAGCGCGACGUCGUACAUCAAACAGGUCGAAAGGGAAAAGUCUAAACUAGCGGAGGAGAACGAGAAACUGAAGGCCAGAAUCAAAGCGCUACAAGCCUUGGUGAAGUGUGAUGAUUGCAGUCUGAUGCGUUAUGUCAUGGAUCUGAAGAUACAACCUGGCGCAAGAGGGCCGGUGAAUGGCUGA